GUUUGCUAUCUUAGUAGUCUGUGGUUGUUUGCUAGUGAUUGUGAUUUUGUGGUGUUGGAGGCUCGUAGUGAGGAGCUUUUAUCGAAUCUUACAGUACUGUCUACUUCAAGUCUUACUUAGAUACUUUUCGCCUAUGGAUUCUUAGCUGCUAUGCAGCGGAGUGUACCAAGCAGAGCAUACUUAAGCCUGUUUCCGCUAUGCCAGGCACAAAGUACGAACAGCUUUCGUUAAAAGGUGACACAGAAGACGUUGUAACGAGCAAACCAAAGGGGAAAUGGUCGGAUAUUUGUGUACAAAAAAGCCUGCUUUCUCUAGGCUUAAUUCUUAUAUAUUUUUCCCUUUCAAUCGGUCUAACUUUUUAUCAACGAUGGCUUUUAAAAGGUUUCAAUUUUCCUCUGACGGUGGUGAUGUAUCACCUUAUAAUCAAAUGGAUCCUGUCCGUGCUGGUGCGCACAAUUUUGUACUUGAUCACGGGCACCCCGCAGCUGGUGCUGCCCUUCAUGACAUGCCUGCGGUCUGUGGGCCCCACCGGACUGGCCAGCGGCAUCGACGUUGGCUUCUCCAAUUGGGGCCUUGAGCUGGUCACAAUAUCACUUUACACCAUGACCAAGUCCACCACCAUCAUUUUCAUACUCUUGUUUGCCAUUCUCCUGGGACUUGAGAAAAAGUCAUGGUCACUGGUGGGCAUCGUGCUGCUGAUUGCGGUGGGCCUGGUGAUGUUCACAUACAAAGCGACGCAGUUCGACCUGCUGGGCUUCAAUUUCCUGUUGCUGGCGUCGUUCGCUGCUGGCCUGCGGUGGACCUUCGCGCAGCUCCUCAUGCAACGCUCCUCGCUCGGCCUGCACAACCCCAUCGACAUGGUGUUCCACGUGCAACCCUGGAUAAUCUUUUGUAAAAGUCCUUCAUCUCAUUGCAUUCAAAUAUUCAACCAAUGUCAUAAUAAUAAGAAAACAAAGAAAAAUCCUAUAUCUCAAGUGGUCAUCUACAAAGAUCGACCGAUGACAGAUGAUUUGACUACAUCUGAUUCUUCAGAGGAAGCUGAGGAGAUGUUCAUCCUUGUGCUGGCGGUGGAGGUAAGCGGCGACCAAUUGAGCGCCGUCAACGUGGCCGGCCUGGCGCUCUGUCUGCUAGGCAUUGUGUCACACAUAGUGCACAAGGUAUACGCCCCACACUACACUAAACAACCCCAUCUGAGCGCCGUCAACGUGGCCGGCCUGGCGCUCUGUCUGCUAGGCAUCGUGUUACACAUAGUGCAGAAGGUGUACACACAAUACUACACUAAACAACGCCAGCUGAGCACCGUCAACGUGGACGGCCUGGCGCUCUGUCUGCUAGGCAUUGUGUCACACAUAGUGCACAAUGUAUACGCCCCACACUACACUAAACAACGCCAACUGAGCGCCGUCAACGUGGCCGGCCUGGCGCUCUGUCUGCUAGGCAUUGUGUCACACAUAGUGCACAAGGUAUACGCCCCACACUACACCACAGCACACUACACUAAACAACACCAGCUGAGCACCGUCAACGUGGCCGGCCUGGCGCUCUGUCUGCUAGGCAUUGUGUCACACAUAGUGCACAAUGUACUGGUAAUCCGCGCAGUGGCGGGGUCGAUGCGUGCGCUAGACUCUUCAGAACUAGCGCCGGCUAGCAAGCGAUCCGGUGCCCUUUCCACCGCCCACGAGGAAGGGGAACACUCCCGCCCACUGCUGGACACGCAGCCCAGUCGCGCGUGGACUCCCACGCCCACACAGAGCGACGACAGCGACCUAGACCACGCGCAAGUCAUAUACCAGGUGCUGCAACGUAGGGAUAAUAGGUAGACAUUACCAACAUAUUAUGUUACCACGACAGAAAGCCAAGAGUUUAACCAGGAACAAUAGGUAGACAUCAUUUACUCGUCAGUCUACACCGUUUACCAACAUCAUGGUAUCGAUUCUGGCAUGAUUUCUAAACCUGAAAUCAAAUUUGGCAUCGGUGUAUCCUUGGCAUUCUCUAUCUUUGAAGAAUGAAAUGAAGAGACUGAAGUUAAAUUUAGUUUUAAGUUUCGAGAAUCAUGCCAAUCGACACUAUUUUGUUACCACGACAGUAGGCGAAGAGUUUUAACAAGGACAAUAGGUAGACAACCUUUCUCUACACCAUUUAUAUAAUAUUAGUAUAAUGCGAUUCAACUAAGUAUAGGACCGACUGGGCGCCAUAUUGUGCCGUCAUAGCCGUCAAUUCAAAUAGGUAGGUAACCAGUGAGCAAAAAAGUUUUUAUUUAAUAAAUAAAUCUUAUUUACUAAGAUUAAGUGAGAAAAACAUCAGAUUUUUUUUAUUAUAAUUUAUUUACUAAGAUUGAGAAAAAAAAACAACCGAUUUUUAAUAAUAUUUAUUUAUUAAGACUGUGUGAGAAAAAACGUUAAUCAGAAUCUAGCUCUUCAAUUCCGGUCAUGUCUGCAUUACCGCCGGAGUAGUUAUGAAUAGUCAUGCACUAUUCUAUGAACAUGCAUCCUUUAUGUAAACGAAAGUUUUAAAUCGAGUUUCGGAACGCAACUUCAAGUGACAUUUGGUUAUCAACCAUUCAAAGCCAAAGCUCAAUAAAUGUAAAAAUAAUAUCAACCAAUAUUAAUUAUCAAUAUUUGUUAUUGUUUGUUUACAAAUGUUUGGUUAUUAUUCUAGAAUUAGCUGAGUGCUAAAAGAUGUUCCAAGAUUCCAGAGGGUUUAAUUCCAGAUUCUAAGAUUUUAUUGCAAACCGUACUUUUCAAGCGACAUUUGACAGAUGGCGGUUUUUGGCUUUCCUAUUCUUAUUUGAAUCGCACUAUAUGUAACCACGACGUACAGAUCACCUCCACGAAACCCACGAUACAAGGGCACCCUCUUGUACCAAACUUAUGUAGCAAUACUGCAUAAGCCGAGAUCACACGUAAGUAAUUUACCAGGUGCUGUCAACCUGCCUCGUAGACAUAAUUACGCAUCAUAUUAUAUGCUUGUGCAUAUAAUAUGACAACAACACCAGAACAUCUACCACGAUAUUAUGUGUAAACAAAACCACACCAAAAGGCCAAGAGUUGUACAAUGGACAACAGGUAGACAUAAUUACUUAACAACAUUCAAACUAUGUAAAUGCCAAAAACAUAAUUACUACCUCUGGUAAUUAUGUUUUUCGGCUUGUAACUUUAUUUCGUAGAUAUUGUGUGAUAAUUUCUCAAUCAUACGUUUCUCCCUUUUGUUGUUCUAAUAAACUGUCGCAGAUUUUAUCUGUAUCUCCUGAAACUACUUUUUCCUUUUUUUUUCUACAAAAUGUCCACUUGUUGCCCUAAGUUGAAUGCUACUAAUGUUUUAAACGGUCUUAUUUAAAUAAUGAAGCUAUUUGUUACCUCGCCUCGACUUUGCGCGGUCUGUUUGUAAGGACUGUCUGUCUAUCUGUGACUGUGAUUAUCGCAGUCUUUUGUUUAAACCACAUCUUUUUUUAUGUAGUAUAUGAAUAGUUAGUAAAAUAGUCAGGCACUGUGUUGCACAGCCAACAAAGGGGAGUCUUAUUAUUUUCGCCUUUCGCGCGGUUGGCAGAAAUUUAACGAUUUCAUUACCUAUACCGUCUCCGCUCUUAUCCGCACAAAUUGCGAUCAAAUUUACUGUGAAAUUAUUGAUAUUGUUAAGUCGGGGUUUACAGUUACCUUGGUUUGCCUUGUAAACCUUUCUGUGUCCAUCCAUAAACCACUCGGAAUCCAUAAACUCUUCAAUAACGGAGAUCAAUCGAAUCUUUCUUUUCCGUCUUCUUUCUAAAUCACUUAUUAGUUUUGCGGUCACGCAAUUUUUCAGCAACCUUUUUAGUAAAUGUCGUGGUCUCAGUUCCAUAUAAGAUCGUCUUAUGAACGAUGACCGCUAAUGAACUUACAGACUAACAAAAAGACAUGUUUUCGAACCAAACUGGAUUAAGUGAUUUUCUGUCAUUCGUUUGUAAACUAUUGUCAAGCCGAACUGUACAGAAUCUUGUAAAGGAAACUAAGCCUAGUGGAGGAGUGCCAUAGAGUACACUUUCCUACCGCAAUCGUAUCGAUUGUAUAACAUGCAUAUUUUAUACUGUAAUCCACACGUAUAAUAUUAAUUAUAUAUGUAAGUAUAUAGAAUACAAACAAAAAUAAUUUUUGGUCGAUCUAAAUUUACAAUGAUAUGAGUCGAUAAAGUAUGUAAUUAUUUUCGGAAGAUGAAAAAUGUCUAGGUAUAAUAUUUAUAAAUCAAUAUUGUUUUUUUCGUUAUAAACGAAUACUACGAUUGUCAGUUUUAUUAUUACUAUGUUAAAUGAAAUCGUAACUACUUAACAUAAGUUACUACUUUUAUAUGCGCAUUUAAAAUAUGUAAAAUAAUAUUAUACAUUUUUGUCAUUUACAUAUGAAAGAUAUAUGUAUGUCCACUAUAAAUAAUUGUUACGCCCGGGAAUAGAACCUACGCACUACAUGUUGCUCCUGAGUAACACUAAAAAGGAGUGCUGGCUAAUGAGUUCCCGCUAGUACCCUGCAAUGUACUGCCAGUCAAUUUGAUUUUCGACCCACCAUAAGCUUUAUUUUCUUAAUUCCCAGUAAACUGAAUUGUCUAUAUUUUGUUUCCUCCGUCCUGUCCUCUGUGUGUGUCAUUGGACACUGGGAUUUCAUCAUACGACACAUACAACAAGAUAUAUAGUUCUCAUUAACAUAUAAACAUAGCAGUGAUCCAAGGUUAGGGAGAUUAAUUUUUAUUAUUUUUAUCGCCCGCUAACAAUAAUUGUAGCAUGGUUUCCAAACUUAGAAACGGUCUGGUUGUAAUCAUUAACAUACUGUUAAACAUUCCUUGCUAUCAUGUAAAAUAUUAAAGAAAAAUAUAUUUAAUUCCCCUUUAUUAUAUAAUUGGCUCAAAAUCACCAAGGUGGUAAAUCCACUUCGGCAGCAAAUAAAUGCCUAAAUUCUGUAUUUUUUUUAACAUUUUAGCAUUGGUAAACACUUAACUGUGUUUACUUCAACCACACAUCACACAAAAUAAUUAAAAAGUCUUAUAUAUUACAUUUUAUAUGGACAAAUAAGUACAAAAAAUCAUUUGGAGAACGCGUCCUAAGUAGCAAUUCUUAAAAGCUAACACCAGAAAUAGUCAUAAAAUAAAACCUUUUUAACGGUUAUUAAUACCCAUUCACCUUCAAUUGUAUCUAAAAUUACAUUAUUGCAAGCAUUAAUAAAGAAGAAAAACGAAUUUAAAAAAUCUAAGUCAAAAUAUAAUGUCCGACAAUGUAAGCAUCAUGUUAGUGAACCCAGCUUUGAUUACGCGAAACAAAAUUCGAACGCAUCCCUCUUUAGUCUAUGGAACAGCUGUAGAGAGAGUUGUAAACAAAGUGGCUGUGAAGAAAGUAGUUUGCCAAAAGAAAUUAAAAUAAGUGGUAAGUGUCUUUUAAUUCAUUAUUUACAGAGCGUACAUCAAUAGAUCGUCAAUUGAGGAACGCGUUUUUCAAUCAAAAUAAUGCAAUAAUAGCUUUUAUAGUGUUGUAUAACAAAUGUUAAAAUCAUAUAUUUUACAUUAAGGAAGCAAGAAUUGCUGUCAAAUAUGGCUGCCGUUUAAAAAAGGCGCGGUUAUUUGAAAAUAUCAUUUGGUGAACGGUCAUUUGGGGAACGUUCUCCGAUUUGAUGUCCCGUUCUCUAAAUGAUGUUGUUGUUCCCCAAAUGACUAUUUAGUUACUAAGUGGUACUUUCUAUUACUAACUGUCAAUUUUGUGUAUGUCGUGCUUACAAAGUUAUCAAUAGGUAUACUUACUUUAUUUUUACAGCAAUAUGGAGUCUCACAAAGCUGAAAAAAACCGUUCGAAAAAGCAAAUAAAGAAAAACAGUACAGCUUACUUGUGCCAAAGAGAAAAAGCUACUGGCAAAAAAAGAAAUUUUUUAGAUAACAUGACAGAGGAAGAGAAGGAUAUUAAAAGGGCUAAGGACAGAAAAUACUAUCAUAAAAAAAAAACAAGAAAAGAAAGUGAAGAACAUAGCUGAGAUGACUGAACGAGAAAAGCGAAAGCAAAUAAAUAUGUGGAAAGAAGUUACAAAAAAAUACAGAGAAAAGUAGAAGUUAUUAUCUGGCAUAUUACACAAUACACCGCCACAUUGUGUGUGUGUGCGUGUGCGUGUGGAAAUUUCGAUGAUGAUCUAGCUGCAUCAAGUUCAGUGAGAAAAACAGUAGGAAGACAAAUUAUGCGGAAGGAUAGAGCCAAAGCAUAUCGUAAAAUAAAACAACAAGAGAAAACCAUUGCUAAAAUUAAACGCAAAUAUGACACUUUAAAGAAAAGAUUAAGAAGAUAAGUAAAAAGAAAAGAAGUGAAAUCACAGAACCCUACAACUCCCUAUAGCAAAGUUAACGCAUUGUGAGAAAACGUUGACGUACCUCCUGAAGUUCGCAAGAAUCUUUUAUUUAACGAAGUAUUGACUGCCCAAUUACAAGAUAAAGCCAAUACUUUGAGAAAAAAAUCCAAAGAGAGGGUAGUAACUCCCGAAUCGAUGAUUGCAAUGCACUGCCACCAUCAUUACCUCACUGUGGCACAACGAUGCCUGAUAUUAAAAUCAGGCAGCGUGAGGUUCGUGCCGAAUUGCAAUCACUCGACGUCCGGAAAGCUAGUGGACCUGAUGGCAUCCCAGCAGUAGUACUUAAAAAAUGUGCAGCGGAGUUGUCCCCGUGCUCACGCGCUUGUACCAGUGCUCGUAUUCUUUGGGGCGUGUGCCGGAGACUUGGAGAGAUGCUAACGUGCAACCGGUGCCCAAAAAAGGGGAUCGCUCAGACCCGGCAAACUAUCGGCCAAUAGCAGUCACCUCAGUUUUAUGUAAAGUUCUAGAAAAGGUCCUUAAUAACCAUCUGACCCGCUACCUAGAGGAUCACUCCCUGAUUAAUGAUCGUCAAUAUGGAUUUAGACCGAAACGAUCGACGGGUGAUCUUCUAGCGUACUUAACUCAUAUCUGGGGUGAGGCUAUCGACAAGCGUGGCGAGUCGUUGGCUAUCAGCCUUGACAUUGCCAAGGCGUUCGACAAGGUCUGGCACAAAAGCCUUCUCUCCAAGCUUCCGGCAUACGGUCUGCCAGCCCAGUUCUGUUCUUGGGUAGCUGACUUCCUGAAUGAGCGUAGAAUUCGUGUCCUUACGGAUGGUAGCAGUUCGCGGUUCAUGUCAGUGAAUGCCGGCGUUCCCCAGGGCUCCGUCCUAUCCCCCACUCUCUUUCUGCUGCAUAUCAAUGACUUGAUUCCUCUUGGGAAUAUUCAUUGCUAUGCAGACGAUAGUACAGUGCAUGCGGGGUAUCUCGGACAAGCAGCGGCUGGGCAGGCAGUAACCAGGGAGAAACGGGAAAAUCUUGUCAUUGAACUCAAUCAGGCUUUGGACCACAUUUCCGAAUGGGGUACCAGGAACUUGGUUGGGUUCAAUGCCAAGAAAACUCAGGCUUGCGCUUUCACGGCAAAAACAUCGCCAUUCCUUCCCCUUCCAUCUCUUCAGGGCACAACACUACCGCUGCAGAGCAACAUUUCCAUGCUCGGUAUGGAAGUUCGCUCAGACCUGAAUCCAAAGGACUACAUCGAAACCGUGAUCAAAACAGCUUCACGCAAACUCGGAGUCCUGAACAAGGUGCGGCGUUUAUUCACGCCCGAUCAACUGUGCUUGUUGUACAAAACGCAAGUGCGGUCCUGCGUGGAAUAUUGCUCGCACCUCUGGGAUGGCUCCGCCAAGUACUUGCUCGAUGCUUUGGAUAGGUUACAGCGGCGCGCAAUCCGCAUCAUAGGCGAUGAGGAGGUGACUAAACACCUUGAGCCUCUUCAAUUACGCCGUGACGUGGCGUCACUAAGCGCGUUCUAUCGUUUGUACCACGGCGAGUGUUCUGAGGAGUUAUUCUCUCUUAUCCCACCUUCCCCUUUCCUUCAGAGGACCACGCGCGCUGGCCUACGUUGUCACCGUCUUACUGUGGCCACAAUUCCAACGCGUACAAAGAAAUUUGGUGACUCAUUUCUUUGUCGCACUAUCCGUAAAUGGAAUGCUCUGCCCGCUCACGUGUUCCCUCCCUCUUACAACCUGGGAUCCUUUAAAAGAGGCGUGAAGAAGCAACAUGCAGGCCGGCAGGGUGAGGAUGGCUGGUGUGGCAGUAAGAUUUCAAUCCCGAUCUUUGUUUCACAAAUUUUCCCAGAAGCAUAAUUUAUAACAAACAUGAUAAUGUUUCAUACUUUUUCAGUAUAAGGUAGUGUUUUAAAAGAUCACUCAAAUGAACAUAGUGCAUUCUGAGUGAUCCAUAUAAACCGUUCUAAAUCUUAAACGUGGCUUUGAAAUGAAUCGAAAAUUUGUUUAGCAGCUUUCACAAGUUCUUCACAAUUAUUUCCAAUACAAAUUAUAAACACAUAGGUAGUAUUUUCUUGGAUACGCGUUAUGGCUUAUUCUUCAGGUGUCCAGAUUGAGUGAUCCAGUUAAUUAGUUCUAACUUUCUUUCGUUAGGUUUCACAAUUUUUUUACCUUACCAUUAAGUUUUCACAAUUAUUUCUUAAAUCCUCUUAUAAUUUGGUUGUGGUUGGAUGAGUUUUUUGAAAAGAUCACUCAGUCCACACGCACAUGAAUUCCGAACCUUAGGGUAACAACGGAACCCUAGUCCGUCCAUCAGAGGGUUUCUUAUAAACCGUAACAGGUAGUAAAUAGACAUUUUCAAAGAAGAUGUAUUUUUAUCACUGCUAUAACAACAACAUAAGUAAAAUGUUGCCAUGGCGAUUUCUAAUGUUUGCAACCCCACCACCACUUUGGUAAUUUUGUUAGCAUAACGUUAUCUCACCUCUGUUUACGGAAAAUAGACAAUGGAGUUCUUUCUUAAUCACCAAAGUCGUUUACAAAAGACAAGGACUCAACUGUGUCACACGAGUGACAGGGAGCGUGAUUCGCGGCUGCAUUUGAUGUCAUUAGCACUCGCGCAACCGAAUAGGGCCCGCGCGAUGGGUCAUGGCUCGUUCCCCCUGUUCCAUCCAUAGGGGUGGCAGUGGGGACAUUCAAAGGCUGAUGACGAUGAUGAUGAAAUAGGGACUCGCUAUGUAGAUGGACGUGCUCACUUUUGCUCAGAAUCACGACACUCAAUGCUUGUAUGGUUCCACAGUUUCAUUACACAAAAUGUACACAACACAAUACGACUACAUACUUCGAUUGACAUAUAAAUUGAACGAUACCAGCAUUCUUAAAACGUAAGUCUUAUUUAAGUUAAGAAAGUAUAUUAAAUAAUUGUUGUUGUUUAUAAUCUGCUUACAUCACAACCUUGCCAAGGUCGUAUUUAUUACAAAGCUAUAUGAAUAGUAAAAUAAAUAAAAUAUAAAAAAUGAAUCAAAUCAUUAGAGCUACUAAAUGUUAAAUCAUAAAUAAAAAAAGCAUGAGCGUGAAUUGAAUUAUAAGAGUACAAUAAUAUUGUAUUGUGUGUGUUAAUAAACUAGUCCUUAUGUUGUUAUAACUGGUCAUUUAAUUUAUGUACAUUUAAGUAGUUCGUACAGUCAGUUACAGGUCAAGUUAUCUAAUCUUGCUUGAUUUACGAUUUAUAAUCGAUCAACCAUAUUUGAAAUCCUGUGGUGACACACUCGAUGAGUUGCUGAUCGUACAAUCAUCUGCACAUAAUGCAAACAUAUCAGUUAACGGGUUAAUUUAGAUUUUUUAAUGCAUGCAUUGCAGAUAUUUUACACUUUUCAAAGACUAAAAUGGUUUGUUAUUAUGGUAUUGUCGCUGAUUUGUAUUUAAUAUGUAAAAUUUGAUAUAGAACUACGAUUGCAUUUAUGAAGUAACUGAUGACACGGUAAUAUUAUCUAUACAGUAUUGUGACUCCGCCCUGUCCUUGAAAUAAAUGCCUACGGCCGAGCGCUGCGUUAGCACGCGGUAGGGCCCGCCUACAGUAUUUUAUGUAGUUUUGUUUUUAACGCGAGUGUAGGUAGAUUACUCGUUUGUCUCUUUUUUCAUCCUAACCACUUAUUUAUAUAUUAUUCCAGAUAUUUUGCCCGAUGGAAAAAUCGAAAUACCUAAAUAUUAGAAACAAAUUACGUACUAGUAGAUAGGUAUAUAAAAAAUAUUCUAUAAAGGUAUGACACCUUUCCAAUAUUUCAGGUAAUUUAAAAAAUGGUAUCUCUGGGUGUGUUAUUGAAGAGUUCAAGCAACCAAAAGCAGCAAUUGUGCUGUUGUACGAUAUUGAUCGUCGUUUGUUCUUUUCAAUACUAAAUUAUGUAGGUAUCUACUUAAUUCAAUCAAAUAUUUACAAUACAAAACGCACGUUUAAGCACGGCUAACUGCAUAAAAAACAAUUCACACCGUUCGGUCGUCGUUGCGGCGCGGCGCGGCGGCGGCGCAUUCGCGACUGGGUGCCCGCCGAGAGUGCCUCGAACUCGAGUGGCGAAGGUAUGACUCGCUUUCCGACCGUUUGUAUGAAGAUAGAAUACUGUAUGAUAUUAUUACCGUGCUGAAGAUGUCUCUUGACUUGCCGUUACCUAGCAUUGUAAUUAUUAUCUUUUAUUUGGAUAUUACAAUUUUUGGUUGGUUGGUUGGUUGAUAUUUUUUUUAUGUAAAGUUUUACAACGAAACAUUUUCCAAUGUGUUAAUGGCUAUACUGGCUGUCUGAGCAAAUUUUUAUAUGCUAGCGAUCUGUGUUUCGGUUCCCUAUUUGAUUCUCUAUAUUUUAUACUUAAGAAAUUGAUCAAAAUAAGAACUGUAAAAAAUGAUGAGAAGUCUUAUAACUUGGACUAUAGGUACGUCGUUUCGUCUUAGCACGGCUAUACUCGUAUUCACCGUGGAUAUACAUUUCCUGAGGAUAUACAUUAACUUUGAAUAAUACUUCUAUAGCUCUUGUUAAACAUAUCGUACAAGGAAAGUAGUAGUUUAAAUACCAUACUUUUUAAGUUAUUAGUAAUUUAAGUUUCACCAACUUAAUUGUGUUGGGCAGUGAGAAAGAGUCUUUAUCUGUGAGAUGUUGCCACUUUGUGCAACCAAAACUGUCAAACAAUCAACUCUUUGUCAACGGUCAUUAAGUCAUAAUUUCAAAAGUCAAAAUUUUAAGAAACAUUGUGACGACAAGAAAAGUUUCAAAAACUUUAUGUGGACAUGUGAACCAAAGUUUCAAAUGCGACGUUGCCAGCUCAGGUAAAGAGUAAUUCAUGUUAGAUAAAUUACAUCUAAGCAUUUAGUUUGUAUGAAAAUAAAAAAUGUUAAGAAAAUUGGAAUUCAUAAAAGUGUCCAUAGUAAAAAAUUAUCAAUUUAAUAGUCCGAAUAACAUGCCAAAGUUAGUGUAUAACCUCAGGAACAUAGUGUAUAUAAACAUUUACUUACUGCUAAGUAGGUAAUUAGGUACUUUAUUGCUAAGUAACUAAGUCAUUAAUUGACACUAGAGUUCUACUAUAAAAUGGUUACUUAGCUGCUGAGUAACUACACUGGCGGUCAAAUAAACCGGGCCAUUACCAAUGCAUAAGUUCAAAUAUGAUUUCCCUCAAAUGUAUGGAUAAAAUUGUAGAUAAUGUGGUACUGUUAGAUAUGUUAUGUUAUAGGUUUUAUUUGAAAAGUAAAAUAAAAAGUGCGAGACAAUAAUUUACCCUACUUUGUGGGUAGACUUAAAAAAACACAGUUUUAUCAAUUUUGUACUAAAUCACAUUGCUUAAGGUUUGAGUGUAAAAAAGCGGGAAAUUAGCGUUUUUUAAAGAUUUUACUUUGUUUAUGGUUUAGUAGUCCUUAUUCUAAGAGUUGCGGUUGAUCUUGUUCAUUAUAAUGGAUACUACGCCUCAGGAAGCUGCCCAAGCCGUCGCAUUACUUCAAUCGGGCCUUAGUCAACGUCGAGUUGCUCAAAUGUUAGGAAUAAGUCGCUCUUCGGUACAGCGUGUCUUCAGAAGAUAUCAGGAGACCGGAGCCUUUGUCCGACGCCCUGGAACUGGCCGACCGAGAGCCACAACCUCUACUGAUGAUCGAUACAUUAAUUUGAAUAUCUUAAGAAAUCGACAUCUCAAUGCAGUGCAGGUACAGCAACGGCUUCGUGAUGAACGUGGAACUGCCAUAAGCGCGCGUACAGUCAGAAGAAGAUUGGCCGAACGAAAUGUAAAGCCACGAAGGGCUGCAACCGGUCCAAAAUUAACAGUGACUCAUCGCAGACUACGUCGUCAAUUUGCCCAUGAACAUAGGGAAUGGACACUUGAUCAAUGGGGGCAUGUCCUUUUUCUGAAGAAACCAGGGUAUCCUUAUACGGAAGUGAUAGAAGACGGAGAGUCUACCGGUGCCCUGGAGAACGUUAUACUCAGUGCUGCAUCGAAGAAACGGUUGCAUAUGGCGGUGGCUCCGUUAUGGUGUGGGGAGGCAUUUCCCUAACAGCACGAACAGAGCUGGUUUUCAUCAAAUCCAACGCUCAAUCACGUGGUUUGACAGCAGAUCGGUAUAUUGGUGACAUUCUUGAAAACGUUGUCGUGCCUUACUCAAAUUAUAUCGGGGACGACAUACUUCUAAUGCAUGAUAAUGCAAGACCUCAUACUGCAAGAAUCGUUACUCAAUAUCUUAGGGACGUUGGUAUUCGCAUAAUGGCUUGGCCAGCACGAAGCCCUGACUUAAAUCCUAUUGAACAUCUUUGAAAUAAGUUAAAACGUAGGGUUCGAGCCAGAACUCCGGCGCCUUCAUCACUAUCUGAGCUCAGAGUAAUGAUAACUGAAGAAUGGGACGGCAUCCCACAAGAUUUUAUUGUUAAGUUGAUAAGAUCAAUGGGUUCAAGGAUGCAAGCAGUUGUCCAAGCUAAAGGAGAUAAUACACAUUACUGAAGCAUCGAGUUUUGUUCGGUAUUUUGAAGUUUAUUAUUGCUAUUUGGCUUAAACAAAAGUAAAAAAUUACGUUACAAUUUGCCGUUUUUGUUCACUUUUUAUUCUACGGUCAAUAACUCAGCAGAUAUUUUUUUCUCCUUUACAAUUAUCUCUCAAAAUAAAUCUAUCUAACAGUACCACUUUAUAAAAAAUUGCGUUCAUACAUUCGAAAAAAAUUGCAUUUGAACUCGAGGAUUGCUAGUGGCUCGGUUUAUUUGACCACCAGUGUAUUUGUUUUAUUGAAGAAUUCUAGUAUCAUAAUAAUGACUUGGUUACUUAGCAAUAAAGUUAUAACUUAGCAAUAAGUAAAAUAAACUACAAGUUGCACUCCGGGAGUGCCGGCAGAAGUGAAAAUUUGAAUAUUAACGUUGUGCAUUUUUGAUAUUUUGGAAUGGUUAGGGAAUAAUUUUGCACGAAUUGCUUUAAUUAUUAUCAGAAUAAAAGUACUAUCAUUUAUGUGGUAGAAUACAAUAUUUAUUUAUUGCGUACACAAACAUGACAAUUUAUAUUACAUCAAAAAGUUUAUCUCUCAGAAAAAUCAACUUACACGAAUCACAUUUAAGCGCACCUAGCGACAUCUAUAGUAAAAAAAAAACCAUUUUCUUCGUAAUAAAGCUGCCACCUGGACGUCCUAGUUAGAGACUUAUUAUUAUAAUACGAUAAAAUAAAAUAUUACUAUGUUUCGUCCAAUAUAUUAAAAGUCAACAACCUUUCCAAUUUUACUGUUUUCGUCUUACGCCACGUGACCUGACGUGAGUUUAACAAUUUUUUCCCUUACAAAAAAAAGUGUACAACGGCGCUAAAGAACUUUUCACUUCAAAAAAAAUGGUGAAAAACAAAUUGCCAAUGACGACGUAAGACAUUCUGUCCCACUCGCACAUGCUGUCCUUCGUAACGUGCGAGAGGGACAGAAUGUGUUGCGUCGGCACUUUCGAUUGUUUUUUUUAAUGGCACGAGUUACAAGAAUUCUCUUUUAUGACUGUUAUUACUUUCAUCAAUUUCUCAUGUACCUAUGACAUUAAAAUGUUGCUCAAGUCAUUACCUAAGCGGCGUAAUAUCUUUUACUUGCUUCUAAAUGCGAUGGAACAUUGUGCUAGUAAAUAGAAAUUCCUACUAACUACCACUAUGAAUAUGUAGCUAUCGGUUCAAUUACCGAUACUUCUAUAUCUUUUGAAUGUUAAAGUAUUUUAUUUAAAAAUAAAAGAGAGAGGAAACGCUUGGCGUGUGUUCUGUCUUGUAGCUCAAGCACUAAGAUCUCGCCCAAAAUGUAUCAGCGUACAAAGAUCAGAACCUAUCUAUAAAUAUAAUAAAAUAAUAUGUGAACAUUAAUAUUAUGUUAGAACGCGCAGUCCUGCAGGCAUGCCUUAAUAUUAUAUAUUAACUAUUCUAGUGUAAAACGGUCCUAGUAAUUGUAAGAGCUACACGAAUGUGAGGAGGACGUCAGAAAUUUUAUAGUAUUUAUUAAUAAAGAUAAUUGUAAAUGUGAA